AGUUCAAAAACCUGUUCAUAUUAUCUCUGUGUUGUGCAAGUUUAUCGGUCUGUCAGCCAGUAAUGCUUGUUUUGAGUAUGCUGUCGGCUUUGCCAUCUGAUAAUCCCCACACAGACCUACUGUUUGGUGGUGCUAGUGACAUUAACGUGUUUUUAUUGCCAUGGCUGGAUUAGUAAAUUGAAAUUUCUGGAACAAACUAGACCGACCUGUCAGCUGCUGCACUGUGAUGUAUCAUGCUAUCUGCUGCAGUUUUGUAUAGACGAGCUGGGGGAUGAUUGAAGGGUGUUUUUUCAAUGCUCAAUUAAAGAGACAACAGUACAAAGACCACAGUGUUACAGCCACCAUCAGUUCCAGGCACACUAUUGUGUGUCACAGAAAAAAGUUGCAUUGGCCAGAGAAAGAUAAGUGUGAGCGGACAGUUAUCUCACUGUAAAUUGGCAGUUGACAGGCAACCUUGACGAGCUGUGUUUUUCUUCCCUCAGAUAUGUAAGUCUUGAACAACGCUGACACCCAAGCAGAGUUUGGCCAUACUGUUUGCUUUUGUUUCACAUCAGGGAGUGAUUUUUUUUCAUGUCAGUUUGUUCUCAGUAAGACAGCUUUACCCGCUGGUUGAAUAGCCACUCCCCUAGUUGAUUCAUAGUUCAAAUAAUUACUGUCCACUCUUUUUCUCUUUCACUUCAAUGAUUUAAAAGCACAUCAACAAAUUGUCAGCUUCAGCUGUAUGAAGAAGGAAACGCUGAUUCUUUUCCUGUUCUGCCAAGUGGAGGACGAUCAGCUGUAUUAAAAGAGGAAAGGGGGUUGUUAAAGGAGGAUAUGACAUAAGAAACCGUCCUGACUCAUACAAGUUCACUGUAUGUAGCAUACAGUAGCUCUCAUAUAAUCAUUACGGGAAUUGUCUGACUAAUGCAGAACUUAUUGCUCUCCAGUGGAAAUCCCAUCUAUGACAAAUACUAUCGACAGGUUGAUCCGACAGGCAGCGGACGGGUGGCAGCGGCUGAUGCGGCUCUGUUCCUGAAGAGGUCGGGCUUGGCCGACCUGGUCCUCGGGAAGAUCUGGGAUUUGGCAGACUCUGAACGGAAGGGGGCUCUCAACAAACAGCAAUUCUUCAUAGCGUUGCGGUUGGUGGCCUGUGCUCAGAAUGGCCUGGAGGUGGCGCUCAAAAGCCUUAAUGUGGCUGUUCCUCCCCCCAAAUUUCAUGACACAAGCAGCCCGCUAUUAGCAGGAGGAGUGGCCAUUGAUAUUCCCUGGGUUGUCAAGCCUGAGGAGAAGAUGAAGUUUGACUCCAUCUUUGAAAGUCUGGGUCCAGUAGGAGGGAUGCUAACAGGAGACAAAGUCAAGCCAGUCCUGCUAAACUCCAAACUGCCAGUGGACAUCUUGGGCAGGGUGUGGGAGCUCAGUGACCUCGACAGAGACGGCAUGUUGGACAAAGACGAGUUUUCUGUGGCCAUGUAUCUGGUGUACAGAGCUUUGGAGGGAGAGCCUGUCCCCAUGUCCCUACCGCCUCCCCUGGUUCCACCCUCCAAGAGGAAAAAACCCUCAGUGCCUCCCGUGAUGCCCCUGUUACCCUCGCCCCCCUCUGUCAAAGACAGUCGCUCCUCCCACGCUGGCUCUAAGACCAUGCCCCACCCCCCUAAACCCGCCCCAGCUCCUGUCCCAACACCAGCAGCUGCUCCUGUGAGUACGGGACCUGCCGCUCCUGUGCAUGCAGCACCAGAAAAGUGGGUGGUGUCGCCAGCAGACAAAACCAAGUAUGAUGAACUCUUCAACAAGACAGAUGGUGACAUGGAUGGGCUGGUAUCAGGACCUGAAGUCAGAGAUAUUUUCCUCAAAACCGGGCUGCCGUCUGCCACACUCGCACGCAUCUGGGAGCUCUGUGACAUUGGAGACAUAGGAAAACUGACCCGAGAGCAGUUUGCCCUAGCUCUUCAUCUAAUCAAUCAGAAGCUGACGAAAGGCCUGGACCCUCCGCAGAACCUCUCCCCAGAGAUGAUUCCUCCCUCCGACAGACAAAACAUCAAACAGAACAACGUGGCGAACCUGGCAGCUGACUUCUCUGCCAUCAAGGAGCUGGACUCUCUUAGUAAUGAGAUAGUUGAACUACAAAGGGAGAAAACGUCUGUGGAAGAGGAGAUCAAGGAGAAGGAGGAGGCCAUCAGACAGCGCAGCAGUGAAGUGCAGGACUUACAGGAUGAGGUGGCAAAGGAGAGCGAGGAACUGCAGCGGCUCCAGACUCAGCGUCAGAAAGUCCAGGAGGCCUUGGAGGAGCUGGACCAACAGAAGGGCUCCCUGGAGGAGCAGCUGGCUCACAUUCGCCAGCAGACCAGCCAAGAGACCCAACUGAUUUCAUCACUGCAGUCGGAGCAUGAGGAGCAGGAACAGAGGAUAUGUCAGUAUGAGGAGGAGCUGGUUCAGGCUCGAGAGGAGCUCUUAGCUUUGCAGGAAGAGAGCAGGAAGCUGCAAGAGAAGGUGCAGGCCGCUCAGGAGCAGCUCACACCUCUUCAGGAGUCUGUGCGUGACUCCUUCACACAAGUUGCACAGGUUCAGCAGAAACUGAACGACCUUCAGGUGGAGGAGAGGUCAGUGACUGCCCAGCUCAGCUGGAAGAGAGCCCUGGAAGACAGCUCUCCUGUCAUGGUCAAUGGAUCAGCAGGACCCACAGCAGAGCUGCACCAGGGGGACCUCUUCCAGCAGGACCUUUUCAAGGAGGACCAGCCUAAAGAGCUGAAAGAGGAGGAACCAGCUGCUGUGAGCAAUCUUCAGAAAGAACAUUCGGAUCAAAAAGAGAAAGAAGGAGUGAAUGAGAGAGAAGAGGAAGAAGAGAAGGAGGAAGAGAGUCCUAAGACGUCAGAGGAGGAAAAGCAGAAACAUGAUGCCUUGGAUGAUCUCUAUACUAGUCUAGCCUCCUCUGAGAAGUACAGUAAUAUCAGUAAUAUUUCAACUGUUGCCAAGCCACAGGAGAACAGUGUUUGGGAACACAGUAGCCCUACUCCUGAUGUCUCUUCAGAAGUCACAGAUGAUGCAGAGGAAUCGCCUAAAGCCAGCCCACCAGAGGUUGCAUCACCAGAGCCAGAGAGCAAACAGGAGCCUGCAGAGUCCCCAGAAACCACUGUCACCUCAUUACCACCUCAAGUUGGACCUCGCUCUAUGCCACCCCAGACCAACCCCCCCUCCCUGCCUGAGAUGGACUUCUUCCAGUCAGACCCCUUUACUGACCAUGAUCCAUUCAAAGAUGAUCCAUUUGGAAAAGCAGACGUUGCAGAUCCUUUCGGAGGAGAUCCAUUCAAAGGGACAGACCCCUUUGCUGCAGACUCUUUCUUCACACAGACCUCCUCAGAUGACCCUUUUACUGCUUCAGCUGACCCAUUUGGCACCACUGCCGACGCGCCAGAACCGGACCUGUUUGCAGCCAAGCUGAAUGAUGCCACAGCUGCACCGGCAGAAGAUCCAGAUCCCUUUACCUCCAAAUCCACCAAUCCAGCUCUAGCAGCCAAGGAUCCAUUCAGCUCCGCAGGGAAUCAUAAGGCUGAUUCUGACCCAUUCGGAGGCAAAAUGAACGCCACGGGGGAGGCGGAUCCAUUUGGUUCUCAGGAUGGAGGGACAGAUCCCUUUAACUGCUCUCCACCAAGCUCUGAUCUGGCUUUGAAGGACACUGCAGCAACCAAUGACCCAUUUGCUCCAGGUGGUACUACAGUGAGUGCCAGCUCAGACCCAGACCCAUUUGCUGCUGUGUUUGGUAAUGAGUCAUUUGGAGGGGGCUUUGCAGAUUUCAGUGCCUUGACAAAGUCAAAUGGUGCUGACCAGUUUGGCAUCAACAAUAAGAACCUGUUCCAGGAUGACAACCAGUCUGCCAGCCCCGACAUGCCCCCAGCCCUUCCCCCAAAAACGGGUACGCCAACUAGACCCCCCCCUCCACCUCCAGGUAAGAGAUCCUCCAUCUCCAGAACAGAGUCCUCUGACUCCUUCCAUCGACGAGGGCACUUCCUCCCACAGACUUCGGGAGACUUCUCCUCCUCUUCCUCCUCCUCUUCCCUGCCUGCCAAGGAUCCUUUAGCCGACCCCUUCGCCCCCUCCUCCCCUCCUCGUCACAACGUACGGGAAGCUGACCGAUUUGCCAGCUUUGACAAAUAUCCAACAGAGGAAGACAUGAUAGAGUGGGCAAAGCGCGAGAGCGAGCGAGAGGAAAAGGAGCGACUCGCCAGGCUCACCCAGCAGGAACAAGAAGACCUGGAGCUGGCCAUCGCUCUCAGCAAGUCUGAACUCUCCUGAGGAGCUCAUUCACCCUUCCUCCUCCCCCUUUCCCCCCCUCUCUUCCCCCCUCCACCGGCCCGGCACGGCACAGCACAGCCCGGCCUAGCCCAGAAAGCACCAAAGCAACGUGGGGACUGUAUAGGACUGAUUCAGCAGCACCUGCUGACCCCCAUGAUGAGACUUUCUUAGAAUAAACCCAUCUCUGAAUCUUUCGACGCUUUUCUCCCGAGACUGCGUUCACAGUUCAGUGGCAUUGCAGUACCGCGUUUUCCCAACCUGUUGAUCUCUGUGGUUUUAAACAGAGGAGAGGACCGUGAUGGAGUGUUCGUUAUUAAGAACGGAUUGUUGAAGAUGAAAUGCAGUGAAUAUGGAUUUAGAGAUUGUCAAGUGUUAAGAUUUUCAUGUCCCAUUGAUUUCAGCACCAGGCUACAAGUGCCGCAUUAAUACACCAGAAUGUAAUUUAUUUAAACAUGCACUUAAAACUCAAAAGUCCAGUCUUUGUCCACUAACCAAACCCACUAUUAUUCAGUCUAAGCUCUCACUAGCUUCUAAAUUUAUGUUGAGGUUUUCAUUAGUCAUUUUGUGGAGCAUGGAAAUCCCCAAAUUUCCUUCCAGCUCACAGCUGCUGUGAACUGUGUGCUAAAUAUCAACAGUAAUCUAGGAAAAACAAUGUGAGGUUUUGAAGGCUCUAAAACAAAACCUAGAGGUGAAAGCCAGUCCCUUUUUGAAAUGUAGUGACGGUAGAUUUUUUUCCAGUCCUGUACAACAGCACAAGGCCUAUGAGAUUUUUUCAUUUUUUAUUUUUUGUGACAGGAUUCAACAUUUCUAAACCAUUUUAACUGGAAGUUACCAGUCCUCUGUGAAAUGAUGUGAAGUGCAUGUGCAGAUUUAUACUAAAAUUGAACAAAUCCAUCGCAGCUACCACAUUCAGCUCCUUGAAACUUUAUUUUUCUUUUAACUUUGGGUUGUGCCUUGCUUUUCCCUGCCUCUGUUCUGUCUGCGUUAGAGAGUUUAUUUUGUGGGAGAUGCUGAAAGGAAUGAAACUACAUCCAUAACAAGUACUGACUACAUAUUCAUUUUGCAUUAAAAUUCAGGGCACACUACAGUGGAUGGCAGAACGUAAGUGCAUAAUUAUUUUUGAGACGUAAACACUGUUUAAAGUCCAACAUUUGAUAGGUGAGAUUUAGAUAAUGCAGCUCUAAAAAUGGGUUUUUGUCACCCAGAAACUUCUCUUCUUUUAAAUGGUAUGAUAACUACAUUAAUUUUCUCAAUAAGCCAUCAAUUGUAGGCAAUAUUUGAGACAUUUUAUAAAUGUGGCCUGAGAUAAAAAUAAUGUUUUUUUGCUUGUUUGGUUAGUUUGGACACCAAUAAGUUCAAAAAUAGAAAGUGGGAUGUCAUAGAUGAAGGUAUGGACAUGGGAAAACAGAUUUAAAUGGAAAUUUAAAUAAAUAACCUUAAUUGUAUUGUUAAUCCUGAUUGAACCACUUAAGGAACCUCCUGUCUUGCUCAAGGAUAACUACUUAUUUUAUGAGAAGUGUAUUAAAAACUGAUCUACUUCCUGGAGUCGGACAGAUAUGACUCAUUUCACCACAUUUCACACCAGGCCUCGUUUCAAAGUGUGCCAUUCUUGGUGUUUAUUAGCAUUUUUUUCUCCAGGAUAUUUUCCCUCUCUUAAGGAUAACUGGAUUUCACAGAGUCAGUCAAAUAUGCUUAGCGUCUGUGCACCUCAUGCUCUGUGGGGAUUUAACUUGCAAAAAAGCCUGACAGUGUUGUGAGCAGAAACGCUCCCGUCACACUGCAUCCUCGUGCUUGUAAACACCCACACAGCAGCUGGCCGUUCUGUAAUUCUUCUUCUGUUGGGUAACGUUGUGUUUCCCCCAUUUUAAAAGUUACUUAACACUGUGAUAGAAGGUUUCUGACAAGGGAAGACUUGAAUGAAUUGCAGAAGGUCUUUUGUUUUUUAUUUUCUUAAGUAAUUUUCUGACCAAACAAUGAACAACAUUUUGGGCAGCCCUUCCUGUUCUGACUUUUUUUUUUUUUUUCCUCUCUCUCUUUUUAGCCUUGUCAUGAAUUUCCUCUUCUCAUGUUUAAGCAGUCUACUGUCUGUGGCUGAUGCAACACUUCCUACUGAGUGCAGCUCAUAUUGCAGUUCACAUAUAUUGUAAAUACAAGAGAACAGGAGUUGUUGUCUGUCUUUUCUUCACUUUCACAGCUGAGUCUCUUGUUAUACUGUAUGCGUUUUCAUCCUCUCGCAUGUAAAGGUCAUCAGUUACUGUCAUUUGUACAGAGUCCUUGAAUUUUCCAAACCAAGAACCACUUCUGUUUGUAGGCUUACCCAUAAAGGCUUUUUAAACUCAAGCUAAUUCUAUUUUAUUUUGUAUUUUCUAACGUGUAAGAAUAAUCAUUAUUUGGGAGGUUUGGACAGAACAUGUUAUGCAUUUAAUUGAAACAAUAAAAUAUUAAAAACGUGUAGUUUUUGCAGUG